AUGCUUCGUUCAUUCCCGCAUGGUUCGUCUGCUGGUCAGACCCGACCGACGAGACUGACCCGAUCGACUGAUCAAUUCCGUCGGGAGAUGACCGGUAUUGGGUCGCUUUCGCAAUGGGACAAAGGUCGCAUCUAUGAGGAAUGGCUGCAUGCGGGACGACCCCACAAUGUGGUUUGCUCGGAAUGCCGCACGCCUGGUAAUCUAUUGUUGUGCGAGACGUGCUGUCGAUCGUACCAUGCAUCCUGUCUUCCGGCAGAGAUCAUGUCUCCGGGGUCCCCGUUGUUCUGCCCGUCCUGUAAAGAGAAGCAAUGGGAUCAAGAUCCUCCGCGAUUUGACCCGCCGGAGGUAUCGUCUAAUGUCUCCCCUGCCAGCACGCCCAGUGGGGUGGGACUCAGCAAAGGAGCAAGUCCGUCUGGUCGAACCCCGAGUGCCUCGUUGAAGUGGCCGGGGACACAGAGGAGCCUACGAUCCUCCCCGGAAUCGGAACGCAUUCCCGGGAUUCCAUCCCCGGGGGCCUUUCGGGCUCGGGAUUUCCUGGUUGAAUAUGGUGGCUUUCCCGCCGACCAGGACUUUAGACCCGAGCUCUUGUUGAAAUUAGAAUCCAUGAUGACGGAUCUCGAGAGUCAGUCUUCCCUGCAGCAGGAGGCGUACGAGCUCCGCCAGGAGAAUGCUGCUCUGCGAAGCCAGGUCACCCAUCUGAGAUCGUCGGCUGGCGCCCAGCCCCCGUCGCGGGAGCCGAUCGUCAACCCCGCCAUCUCGCACAUCCCACCUAUUCUACCCCGAUCCGCGCCAGAUACGAGUGGAAAGUCCUGGGACCGGAUCGUAACAGAAUUCUUCUAA